CUGGUAAUUAAUUAAAGAAAACAAUUGUGAUUCAUUAAUUUGGAUUAAUAAUAAUCAUAAGAAUUUGCAGCUAUAAAUUCAACACAAGCCAUUACACUUUGUCUUCCCAUGCAUUAAUAAUCUCCCUCCUUUGAUUUUGGUAUAGUCCACAAAAAUGUUCACAACCACUGUGGUCUGGUUCUUGGCAUUAGCAAUAGCCACCACCCUCACUUUUCAGACAACCGCAACCCUCAGUCUUCUUCAGACUUACAUUGUCCACGUGGAGAUUCCGCCACGAGGUACAAAUGUCUCCGAUUGGCACCUCUCUUUCCUCCCUAAAGGAGGUGAUGAUCGGAUAGUACACACCUACCGCCACGUCAUCAACGGUUUCGCUGCGAAAUUAACUCCCGAUGAGUUGGCGGACAUGGAGAAGAUCUCCGGCUUUCUCCAUGCCAGCCCCGACAGACGUUGCACCCCACACACCACCAGCUCCCCGUCAUUCCUCGGUCUCAAUCCGAACCAAGAUUUCUGGCCGGGCCAAACGGAAUUCGGAAGUGGCGUGAUUAUCGGAGUUUUGGACUCCGGAAUCACGCCCAACCAUUCUUCCUUCUCUGAUGAAGAUGUCCCUCCCCCGCCGGCCAAGUGGAAGGGCCGAUGCGAUCUCCCAAUCUGCAACAACAAGAUUAUCGGCGCCCGGAACUUCAUCGACUACGGGCUGCCGCCGUUGGACCACACAGGACACGGCACUCACACAGCCAGCACAGCCGCCGGCAAUUUCGUGUCGGGCGCCAACCUGUUUGGCCAAGCCAACGGCACCGCGUCCGGCCUGGCCCCUCAUGCCCACCUUGCGAUCUACAAAGUAUGCGACAUCGAGUCCUGCGACCAGAGCAACAUUCUGGCCGGACUCGAUGCCGCAAUUGAAGACGGUGUGGACAUCAUCUCGCUUUCCAUCGGCACCAUAGUCAUCCAUCUGUAUGAGGAUUAUGCCGCCAUAGGCGCCUUUGCCGCUAUGAAAAAUGGUAUCUUUGUGAGCACUUCGGCCAGCAAUGACGGCCCAUACUCUUCUUCCGUGGAAAACAUGUCCCCAUGGACUUUGACGGUCGGCUCGAGCACGACCUAUAGGAAGAUCGAAGCGACCGCAUGUCUCGGAAAUGGGGAACUCUUUGAAGGCCAGUCAGUGGGUGGCCGAAAUUUUUUCCCUUUGAAGUUAUUGUCGUUAGUUCACUUUCCAGGCCAGGAGGCGGAGUAUUGCGAAUCCGAAAGUCUGGACAAAGUUGAUGUCAAAGGAAAGAUCAUUUUGUGCGUGAUAGGAGCCAGCAACCCCAUCGGAGUAGGACGGUCGGUGAAAAGAGCCGGUGGUGCCGGCGUCAUUCUGAUGAACGACGAGCAGAGUGGCUACACCACUCUAUCCUUUGCCAUGCCACUUCCGUCAAUCUCCGUGAGCAACUUCGUCGGAGAGCGAAUAAAAAAGUACAUCAACUCAACCGCCACACCCCUUGCCACCAUUCAACUCCAAGGGACGACAUUCCAAGACGUAACGGCUCCUGCCGUCGCUUCCUUCUCGUCGAGGGGGCCAAAUAUAGCGAGUCCAGGAAUAUUGAAACCGGAUAUUCUUGGUCCGGGAGUCAAUAUUCUUGCAGCCUGGUACCGAUCAGUGGACAACGCAAAGCCAGCCGCUGCCUUUUACAUGGAUAGCGGAACAUCGAUGGCGUGCCCACAUUUGAGCGCCGUUGCGGCCCUGAUCAAGAAAGCACAUCCCAACUGGUCUCCUGCGAUGAUCAAGUCAGCUAUGAUGACCACUGCAAGUCAACUAAACCGUGAUCAGAAGCCUAUACUUGACGGAAGCACAAAUCUCCCGGCAGAUGUGUUUGCCACAGGGGCGGGGCAUGUAAACCCGAAGCUGGCACUUGAUCCAGGACUCGUGUAUGACAUCACGAGUCAGGAUUACAUAUCUUACCUCUGUUCGUUGUAUUCGGAGAAGGAAGUGGAAGUCAUAGUUCGAGAGAAAGUCAACUGCAGUGGCUUAGGAAUACCCGAAGCACAACUUAACUACCCGUCGUUUGCCGUCCAACUCGGAAAAGGAGGAAGCGUAACGUAUUCCAGGACAGUCACAAACGUCGGGAAUGCCAACUCGACAUAUGAGGUCGAAAUUGAAUCUGCUCCGGGUGUGGACAUCUCGGUGGAGCCCACGGUGCUUACGUUUACUCAACUCAACCAGAACAGCACUUAUAAGGUUGAAUUUAGGAGACAAAAUAAGAAAAAUGAAACAGGAGGAUAUGUUCAAGGAUCCAUCACUUGGUCUUCUGUGACUCACAAUGUCAGAAUCCCUGUUUCUGUUCACUUACUGGAUUAUUAAUCACUCUUGUUGCCCAAUAAUUAAUCAUCUCUUUAAAUAAAUAAUUAUUGGCAAUUAACAUAUUUGUCUUGUUACCUGAAUGCUUUUCUAGUUAAUUAUCGAGUCCAAAUUAUUUUAUCCU